UUUUUUUUUUUUACUUGAAUAAGUGAUUUUUUUGGUAUACUCAAAUAGCAAGCAUAAUUUUGGAUAAAUAUGUGUUUUUGGAUAACUAAAUAGAACAGAAGCAGAUGUUAAUAUAUUUAUAUUUAAUUAUUAUAUUAGUCAAAAAUUGUUACAGAUAAAGUAAAAUAAACUGUUAGAGAUAAAAAAAAAACUUGUGGACAAACUGUUACAAAUAACCAAUAUAUUUAUCAAUAAACAAUUACAGAUAAAAUAGCAUUUCAAAAAAUUAAUAAAAGGUAAUUUUUAAAUAAAAAAUGGGUCCUCCUGCUCAGCCAAAACCAACAAUAGAAAACAAUCAACCUUUAAAUGAAGAAGCACCUAGUUUAGACACAGUUGAUGGUCGUCCUCAACGAUUUAACAAUGGUGGUACUCGUCUUAGAAAUCAACCUAGAAAUGUUGUUGUUAAUGUAAAUAAUUCAUCAAAUCAAGUUAUUGAAUCAACUCCAGAACUUUUUACUCAGUUUCUUGUUAAUCGAAUGGAGAAUGACAAUAUUGAAGUUCCAGAAGAACUUCGAAACAGAUCUAGAAAUGGCACUGUCAAUAAAGAGGUAGCUCAUUGUCUAAAACGUAUUGGAGAUGAUUUAGUAAAUAACCAUCAAUUGAAUCAUUUAAUAUCUUCAAUACAAGUUACACGUGAAACUGCCUAUAAAACAUUUUUCGAUGUUGCAAGUCAUGUGUUUGCAGAUGGCACUAUAAAUUGGGGACGAGUUGUUACACUUUUUUACUUUGCUUACAAACUCGCUAUUCAAGUUGUUAACCAGUUGCCAUUAGUGGAAAUAGUCAUUGGUUGGGUUCAAAAGUUUGUUACAGACAGACUUGCUCAAUGGAUUGCAGAACGUGGAGGAUGGAAUGCAGUUCAAGAGUACUUUGGCUCAACUACAGUGCAAUUCGUUGGAGUUUUUGCAGCCGGUUUUUUAUUUGCUUAUAUUUUAACCAAAGUUUUUCGAAGAUGAUACUGAUGUUCUGUAAUUAGUAGCAAUCAGAUAAUUUUCUUCUCUGGAAUUGAGAUUCAGGAGAAUUUAAACUACAAAUGGUUGAAUUUUUUUUGACUUUUGUUUUUGUGGCUUUUUUAAACAAAAAAUCAGUCUUCGUGAAAUUUUGCAGAUAUUUUUAGGUUUAUUUUAAACCUGAUGCGAGCAUGUAAGUUCUGCAUUUUCCAUUUUGAAUUUUGUUAAGCAAAACUGAUUUU